GAGGGGGGGCUCAAACAAAAAACCACCAGGGGUGGGAGGGGAGGAAGGGGAAAGGCACGCGCGCUGUGACCAAACCCUAGGCCGGCCGCGAUGCGCAGGGUGAGGCCGCCGCAGCAGCAGACGCAGCCGUCGUCGCAGUCGCCGGAGAUCCGGUACCGUGGCGUGCGGAAGCGGCCCUCGGGCCGAUACGCCGCCGAGAUCCGGGACCCCGCCAAGAAGACGCCGAUCUGGCUCGGCACCUUCGACUCCGCCGAGGACGCCGCCCGCGCCUACGACUCCGCCGCCCGAUCCCUCCGCGGGCCCACCGCCCGCACCAACUUCUCGCCCUCCUCCGCCACGCCGCCGCCCCCGAGGCCGCCCCCUCCCCUGCCGGCCGCCACGCCCGCCACGUCCAGCCACAGCAGCACCGUCGAGUCCUGGAGCGGCGGCGGGCCCCGCGCCCCCACCGUCGCCCGCAGCGCCGCCCUCGCGGGCACCGCCGAGGAGGAGGAGGGGGAGGAGGACUGCCGCAGCUACUGCGGCUCCUCGUCCUCCGUCCUCUGCGAGGACGGCGGGGACGACGCGGCCGCCUCCCGCUCCCCGCUGCCCUUCGAUCUGAACAUGCCGCCCCCGCAGGACGGGGGCCUUGACGCCGCCGCAGCCGAGGCCGAUCAGAUGAGCUGCCGCUACGACACGCUGCUCCGCCUCUAGCUCCGCCACGAUCAGAUGAGAAUAGCAAGGAGGAUUGGCGGGAGGGGGGAACUGGAAAAAGGAAAGAGAAAAGCGCUUGCCCCCGCUCCGCUCUGCUCUGGUCCGUCUUCCCAUGAUCUCGUGGUGUUCUCCUCUUUGCUAGAAAUGGAUAAUUCUUCUUGCCACUCUUUUUUCUUCUUACUUUCUUUCCUUCUUCUUUUUCUUCUCUUUUCUUACCACUUUGAUUCGAUAUGUGAAUAAUUCAGUCAUGUAAGCUGCGAGCAAGGAAAUCUGAGCUUUUCCUUA